UCUGUCUCAGAAUCUCUUUUUCUCAGCACUGUGAAGAGACUGGAGAAAGGGAUAUUAUGGGGUUCAAAGCUCUCUGUUUGGGUCUGCUUUGUGCUCUCUGUGCUUCUUACAUUUAUAUCACCAUUCCAGGCAACAUUGAAGAAUACUGGAAAGUAAUAGCCUUAUUUACAGUUGCUAAAACCUGCACAUUUAUGGAUAUGUGUUUUGAAAACUUAGGUAUUAUGAAACAUGGGGACUUAAUUUCCAUGAUAGUCAGUCUGGACCAUACACAGCCACUCUCAGAUGAAAAUGUCACAGUGACCGACACAACAUUUGUUGAUACUCCAGUCCGUUUGUACUUGCCAAAGAGAAAGUCAGAAAUCCGAAGACCAGCUGUCAUCUAUAUUCAUGGUGGUGGUUUUUGCUUUGGAAGUUCCAAGCAGAGUGCUUAUGACUCCCUGAAUAGAUGGACUGCAAACAAACUCAAUGCUGUUGUUGUGGGAUUGGACUAUAGGCUAGCUCCUCAACAUCAUUUUCCUGCUCAGUUUGAAGACAGUUUCGCUGCAGUCAAAUUUUUUCUUCAAGAUAAAAUUCUUAGAAAAUAUGGAGUGGAUCCCACCCGAAUCUGUGUUUCAGGAGACAGUUCUGGGGGCAAUUUGGCAGCAGCUGUGACUCAACAGGUGCAGAUUGAUCUUGAAAUAAAGCAUAAAAUCAAGCUUCAAGCUUUAAUUUACCCUGUCUUACAGAUAAUAGAUUCUUGUUUGCCAUCUCACCAAGAAAAUGAGCGUGGUAUAAUUCUAACAAAGGACUUGGGCAUAAAACUCAUUAGCUCAUAUUUAACCACUGAUGAAACACUUACCCAAGCAAUGAGAAGAAACCAACAUAUGCCUCUGGAAUCAAGACACCUGUUUAAGUUUGUUAACUGGAGUACUCUUUUACCCAAGAAGUAUAGAAAAAACCAUGUUUAUACCGAACCAGUUCUUGGAAGACAUAAUUAUUCAUUGUCAGCACUUAUGGAUAUCAGAGCAUCUCCCUUGUUAGCCAAUGAUUCUCAGUUACAGAAUUUGCCAUCAACCUAUAUUCUUACCUGUCAGUAUGAUUGUGUAAGGGAUGAUGGACUUAUGUAUGUUACAAGACUUCAAAAUGUUGGAGUUCAAGUUACUCAUGACCAUAUUGAGAAUGGGUUCCAUGGAGCUUUAUCGUUGAUGGUGUCACCAGUGUACUUACGUCUAGGUCUCAGGAUAAAAGACAUGUAUAUUAGUUGGCUGGAUAAGAAUUUAUAAAUGUAAUAUAUAUAAAAUAUAUAGGGCCACCAGUUAAUGGGUUGUAAUUUGUGAUAUACAAAUUAUCACAGGUGUGGUACAAAGAGCAAUGUCAUUUGUGUUAUCUGAAUGGAGAUUAAAAUCAGUUAUAAAAGUGA